AUGGGGCUGAAUGUAGUACCUGUUGCUGAUAUAGACGAGUGCGCUAGUAACCCCUGUCUAAAUGGCAAUUGUACCGAUGGUCUUGGGAUGUAUACAUGCACCUGUGACGAGGGGUGGAGUGGACAUUUCUGCCAAGUCGAAGUCGAAUGGAAAUGCACAGACACAAGGUGUUUCCACGUCUCAACUGAAGAACUCGGCUUCUAUGAUGCCGUCAUCUACUGCGACAGUCUCAAUCCUGUUACUCUAAACCAGACCAUCGUAAGCGGAAACAGGAAUGCCUCUGUUCUCUUUGUUGGUUCGGACGCAGCCAUUAAUGAAGUGGAGGAUCUAUUUGAUUUUUUCUCGUCAACUCGUGAAGUAUGGGUGAACUGCAUUAGUGAGGACUCUGAUGCGGAUUUUGUCUGCACGGCUGAUGAUAAAGGGACAUUGACGAAUAUAACACAUUGGAGAUAUGACCAACCAGACGAUGAUGGCGGUCAGGACUGUGUUAUCGUAAAAACGAAUGACAAUAAAUGGAAGGACAAAGGAUGCGAAGAAACAUAUAACACUGUGUGCCAGAUAUACAGGGUUCCUGUUGAAGACAUAGACGAAUGCGCCACAGGCAAUCCGUGUGUAAAUGGGACUUGUGUAGAUGGCAUCGGGGAUUUCACGUGUGCUUGUAACCAUGGCUGGAUCGGAGACCUUUGUGAGCAGGCUGUCGAAUGGAAAUGCUCGCAAACCAAGUGCUUCCACAUGUACCUCUGGAAACAAAUCUUUGACGAUGCCGUAACCUACUGCAGCAGCCUUAGCCCUGCGACGGUGAAUGCCACCGUCACGGGUAACUCGUCAGUGCUGUUCGUUGGCUCCGAUGCCGAGAUUAUCGAGGUCGAAACGUUGUUGGGAAUUUCAAACAGCGAGGAUGUCUGGGUCAACUGCAACGAUCGUCAGACCGAUGAUGACUUUCAGUGUUUUUCAGACGCAGAAGGUACCCUUACAAAUGUAACAAAUUGGCUUUCUGGUCAACCGAAUGGAGGAUCAUCGCAGCAAUGCGUCAUUGUGGACACCGACGAUGACAAAUGGGAAGACAAGGCAUGCGAUAGUCUCUACACUACCGUCUGUCAAAUAGUGAUCUAA